UUGAUAAGGACUACUACCAUAUCCCCUUUGAUGUGACACAUCCCAAUAUAGUGUCCUAUUUCUGAUCAACUUCUUCAAUAUAAAGAAAAAACAGAGAAAAAAAGUCCCCUGUUUUAUUUGAAACAUCCCACAGCAGUCAUCAAUAUACAGUCAAAUACCCAUCUCAGCUUCAAGAAAACAAAGAAAAAAAGAACCCCACAAAUCCAAAAAAAAAUCUUUUUUCUUUGUUUUGUUGGCCAUGGAUAGAUCCAACAGUGUGAGUAGAAACAGAAAGAAAAAUAAUGACACCCAAAGAGAAGAAGAAGUAGGAGAAGAAGCUUCUGUGGAAAGGAUAUUUGAGUCAAAAGAAGUGCCACCAUGGCAAAAACAGUUAACAUUGAGGGCUUUUUGUGUGAGUUUCAUAUUGGGAAUUCUAUUCACUUUCAUUGUCAUGAAACUGAGUCUCACAACUGGUAUUAUACCUUCACUCAAUGUAUCUGCUGGACUUUUGGGGUUCUUUUUUGUCAAGAUUUGGACUAGACUUCUUGAGAAAUCUGGGUUUCUUAAACAACCUUUUACUCGUCAAGAAAACACUGUUAUUCAGACCUGUGUUGUUGCUACUUCCGGCAUUGCAUUUAGCGGAGGUUUUGGAAGCUAUCUGUUUGCGAUGAGUGAAGUUGCUGCCAAACAGUCAACUGAAGCUAAUAAUGCAUUUAAUAUUAAGAACCCUUCUUUGGGAUGGAUGAUAGGGUUUCUUUUCGUUGUUAGCUUUCUUGGCCUUUUCUCAGUUGUUCCUCUUCGUAAGAUUAUGAUCGUAGACUUCAAACUGACUUAUCCAAGUGGCACUGCAACUGCUCACCUGAUCAAUAGUUUCCAUACGCCACAAGGAGCUAAGCUAGCAAAGAAACAAGUAAAAACUCUGGCAAAGUUCUUCAGCUUCAGCUUCGUAUGGGGUUUCUUCCAAUGGUUUUUCACUGCUGGGGAUGACUGUGGAUUUGCGAGCUUCCCCACCUUUGGUCUCAAAGCAUAUGAGAACAAGUUUUACUUUGACUUCUCAGCAACAUAUGUUGGUGUUGGGAUGAUUUGUCCUUAUCUAAUCAACAUAUCUUUGGUACUUGGAUCUAUCCUUUCUUGGGGUAUAAUGUGGCCUCUGAUUCAGGAAAGAAAGGGUCAUUGGUUCCCUGCAGAUCAGAGUCCCAGCAGCCUUCAUGGCUUGCAGGGCUAUAGGGUCUUCAUAGCAAUAGCCAUGAUCCUUGGUGAUGGUCUCUACAAUUUCUGCAAGGUAUUUGGACGAACAUUAUAUGGUUUGUAUUUGCAGUUUCGCAGUAAAAAUGAAGGAGCAGUCCUGCCAGUUGGUGCUCCUACAGAGCCCUCCAUGUCUUUUGAUGACCAGCGACGAACAGAGCUUUUCCUCAAGGAUCAAAUUCCAACAUGGGUUUCCAUAGUUGGUUAUGUUGGCAUUGCCGUCAUCUCUACUAUAACACUUCCACACAUUUUCCCUCAACUUAAGUGGUACCAUAUCAUCGUGAUUUAUAUUUUUGCACCGGUAUUAGCCUUCUGUAAUGCUUAUGGUUGUGGUCUAACUGACUGGUCUUUGGCAUCCACCUACGGAAAGCUGGCAAUCUUUACGAUUGGUGCAUGGGCCGGGCUUUCUCAUGGAGGGGUUCUUGCUGGACUAGCCGCAUGUGGUGUCAUGAUGAACAUAGUCUCCACUGCAUCCGACCUAACACAGGAUUUUAAGACUGGUUAUAUGACAUUAGCUUCCCCACGGUCCAUGUUCGUAAGCCAGAUUAUUGGCACAGCAAUGGGUUGUGUCAUCUCGCCAUGUGUAUUUUGGCUCUUCUAUAAGGCGUUUCCUGACUUAGGUACCCAAGGUUCAGCAUACCCAGCCCCUUAUGCCUUGGUGUAUCGUAACAUGUCUAUCAUUGGAGUUGAAGGUUUCUCAGCUCUUCCGAAGAACUGCCUCACCCUGUGCUACGUAUUCUUCAUAGGAGCAAUUGUAAUCAAUGGCAUCAGAGAUCUCGCAGGAAAGAACAAGGCAAAGUACAUUCCUCUCCCAAUGGCUAUGGCUAUACCCUUUUAUCUUGGCUCCUACUUUGCUAUUGAUAUGUGUCUCGGUAGCUUGAUAUUGUUUGUUUGGACAAAGAUUAACAAGGCCAAGGCUGAUGCAUUUGGCCCUGCCGUGGCUUCUGGUCUGAUUUGUGGUGAUGGGAUAUGGACCUUACCCAGUUCAGUUCUGGCUUUGGCAGGAGUGAAUCCACCCAUUUGCAUGAAGUUUCUGUCUAGGAAUGCUAACGCUAGGGUCGAUAGUUUCUUAAGUUCUUGAACUCCCUUCUAGACUAGUAGGUGUUUAUCAUUCUCUCUUAUUCUGUUAGUAUUGUCAGUGUAAAUCUGUUAGUAUUGUCACAUUUACACUGAAAUUGUUGGUGUAUAUAUCUAGUGCUACAAUUGUUUUAAAUCAUGUCAGAUCAAUUUGAACGGGAAUGCUAUGUUGACUUAA